CUCGCGUCAAAGUAGCUCGCGAAGCAAUGACCGGUGCGGCAUUGUAUCAAGCGGCCGUUCAGGUGGGUUUGAGCCAAGGGCUAUAACGUCACGGCGAUGGGUUUAAGUCGAACCCGAACGAGGGUGCGGCCGCACUGUUACCGACCAAGAUUAGGCACCCGACAGCCAAACUCCUACCUUUAGCGAACCGGGCCCUUAUGCUUUGCUGACGACCUCCAGCGAUUAUCCUGUCGAAGGGCCCGCUAAACAACAUUCGCGUCAGCAAUAUGUCAGUCUCGGCAUGUCACGUUGACUCGCACAUCAGAUAGGCGUUGGCGACAUCUCGCGCGGUCAUACAACGAACGGAGCAACUUCGUCCCUACAUUUGGCCACGAGAACCCUCGGUGCGGGGAUCUAAUCUCCUGGUUCUGGAACGCUGGAAUAACUAUGACCAAUGACGCACUGCUUGCCCGUAUGUACUCGGCACAUCCAUGUCCCCUGUAGCACUAUGUAAAAAGCCAUGUUCGCCCUUGGUUCGUCCUACAACUUCUACCAACUACUCCAGCACCUCAGCCUCCUCAUCCGACUCUUCACAACCAACUUCACAUCACUGCAAUGGCAAACGGCAAUGAGACAUUCCUCGCUAUCAAUGCAAGCGCUCAGCCCCCACAGCUGCAGGCCUUUAGAGACAAGUCUGGUCUCGAACGCGUUGUACUCGCCAACCGAGGCGAUCUGCAGCGUCUACUAAGUUGCUUUUUUGGCCAGCCCAUUGGCUGUGAAAUUAUCUACGCCAACACGUCUCCUCGCACGCAGCCCGCCUCGCCAGAGUUCCCUAUCACUCAGAUGCGCCAAGUGCGCCUCACCUGCGGACUCCGUACCGUCUGCACGGCAACGUCUACUGUCACCAUCACCGCGCCCGAGCCAGAGCGCCUGAUCCUCGACGAAAAAUAUCCCCUGGGGCAGAUGUUCCAGAUGCUCCGGCGCGUCCCGGCCUUCUCGCUGCUCAACAUCAGCACGUCUCACGUCAACGGCAAGGAGGAGCUGCAGCGGAUAUACAAGCUCGAGACGGACGGCGUCGCAUGUGCCACCGUCGAGGUCUUCCCAGACCGCACCAUGUUCUCUCAGGGCGAGGCCUGGCUGCACAACGAGGACCUUAUCAUGGAACAGCUCAGCAUGGACCUAGGCCCGUCUGGUGGCCUUGCGUCACUUGCUUCGAUGCCACUGUCAAUGAGCUAAGCGCCGGCCAGUGAUGGAUGACGCGCGGCCUUUACUAGCUUAUCUCACGAAAAGCUCUCUUCGCACCAGGGGAGCGAUGCCUUUACGAUUCAUCAAGUGUACCAUACAGAUCCGCACACACACACACACAUGAUACCACUUCCAUGCAAUGCCGGCACGCGCACACCGGUCCCACUGUACAGUCGCGUAGUAUGCUAGCCAUGUAUCCCGUCAAUAAUAAGUACAUUAUAAAUAUUUUAUGAUCACC